CUGACUGAGUGGGUGUGUGCAUGCCAGGUGUUUUUGUGUUUAGCUACAGAAAUUUCUCAAAUCUCCGGAACUCCUCACGCGUUUCAAGAUGAGAGACCUGCGUCUCUUGUCAGUGCGGGUUUUCGAGAGUUCUGAUCUGCCCAGCAGUCCUUGCUUUUGUGUCCAGGCGCACGUAAACCCGCCAAUCUUGUUUUUAUUCGAGGCGAAAACAAUCUACAAAGUUGACCUGUCCACGGAACAGAUAAUUGGGAAAUACGAAUUGGAUUUGCCAGGAGACGAUGUCAGUGUGGUUGGAUUCGCGUACACUUCUGUUUGGGAGAAAUUGUACGUUGCGCUUGCAGUCGGUGAAGUUGCAACUUUGGAUCGGGAUGAGAUUUCCUACGUGGGAAGUGUGGAGAGCGGGAUUAAAGCCAUGGAGUGGAGUGCGGAUGAAUCGCUUGUGGUUUUAGUAUCUGGAAACGAUACCGUAAUGGUCCUGUCCUCUGAUUUCGACCCUAUAACCGGUGAAAUUGAUCUUCACCAAGAGGGAUUUGGCGAAAAACAAUUUGUUAAUGUUGGUUGGGGGAAAAAGGAAACCCAGUUUCAUGGAACGGCGGGAAAAGCAGCUGCUCAGGCAAAACUGCAAGUUGACGAGACGCAAGCUAAUGAGCUCGACGACAAACUGCCCAGAAUCCGGUGGAGAGGUGACGGCGCCUUGUUUGCUGUGUCUUUCAUUAAACACUCUGGUGCACGUCAAAUCCGAAUUUUCAACCGAGAAGGCGUGCUACAGUAUACCAGUGAGCCAACUGUCGGUCUGGAGCAGUGUCUGGACUGGAAACUGUCAGGAUCUGUCUUUGCUUCAACGGUCACGAUGCCCAACAAGCAUAUUGUCGCCUUCUUUGAGAAGAAUGGCCUCCGUCAUGGCGAAUUUGCGCUGCCUUUCCAACCCAAUGAGGUUCAAGUGAAAGAGUUGCGUUGGAAUCUGGACUCGAGCAUUUUGGCCAUUUGGUGCGUGUGCAGAGAGAGCAAGAAGUCGUGCCUGCAGCUGUGGGCAGCAACUAAUUACCACUGGCAACUGAAGCAAAGCCUUAACUUUUCCGCAGAGCAGAAUUUGCUGAACUUCUCUUGGGAUAAAGAGCUGAUUUACAAUUUGCAUGUCAUCCAAGAGGGGCCAGUGUACGUCGAGUACGUUUGGAAGUGGGAAACAGAUCACAGUACUGGAAAGUCUCCCAUUGACCUUUGCAGUGUUGCCGUAAUUGAUGGAGCCAACGUUAAAAUGACAAACCUGAGAGAGGCGGUUGUUCCUCCACCGAUGUGCAGCUAUUUCUUAAAAGUGCCGAAUCCCGUCUCGUGUGUGGCCUUUCUAAAUGACGACGUUUGUGUUGUUACAAGCGAGAAUGAAGUGGCCAAGUUCACUCUAAAUGGGCAUCUUUCUUCGACUGCAAGCAUAUCUGUUGCGCCGUUUUCCCCUGAGGAGCAAGGCUUUGUGAAUUCUGGAACCAAAUUAGUACCAACUGGCUUCCACAAAUUAGACUGGGGAAAAUACGAGCAGUUGAAAUACAGACAAAUCCCUUCCAGUCUGCACCAUUGGCUGUGGAUAGCUGAGAACUUGCUGGUUUGCGUUCUUCCUGCUGAGAAGCGAAAGAGUUAUUUGCUCAAAUUGGAGUUGGAUUCCGAAAGCGAAACAAUUGCAGUGGUAUCAGCAAUUUUAGUCGAGAGUGCGGUCAAGGGACUGUGUCUUCUGCCAAGUGCAAAGGAAGUGGUUGUAAACCUGGCCCAAGACGUUUUGAAACUGUGGACGUGCAAUGAUGACUCAGUUGUGGACUUCACCACAAGGUUUCACAUGCAGUUCAAAUCGUUUUCAACAUGCGUACAGUUUGAAGUUUUCGAAGUCGAUGACAAUGUUCAUGUUAUUGGACGAAACCUUUUUGGAAUUCUCUACGUGGACAAUGUCGAUGUCAUGAAGAACUGUUCAUCCUAUUUCAUCCACUCCAACUUCAUCUUGAUCACCACUUCUGAAAACAAAUUGCUCUGCAUUCCAAAAACCAAAGACGGAAUCGAGUCCUUGUUGGACAGAAGCAAAGUAGGGCCUGACGGAACGGAAAGGCAGACCGAAUUCGGAGCUGUACUUGUCGCAGCCGUGCCCUGCGACACCAGAGUGGUGCUGCAAAUGCCCAGAGGCAACCUUGAGGUCAUCCAACCAAGAUCAUUGGCCAUUUUCAUCAUUAAGCACCUGUUGGACAACAAGAAGUACUUUAGAGCUUUUGACACCAUGAGAAAGCAAAGAAUCAAUCUCAACCUAAUCUACGACCACAAUCCAGCUCUGUUCCUUGAAAACAUUAAGGAUUUUGUGCUGCAAAUCAAAGAUCCAACCUGGUUGUGCCAGUUCCUGACUGAUUUGAUGGAGACUGAUGUGACAGAAAGCAUGUACGCAGGCCAUUAUCCAUCAAAACCAGGAUUUGUCCUACCUCAGAACACAACAAAACUAGAUUUUGUCUGUUCCCACAUGCGUAAGGUUCUGUUAGACGUUGACUCUAAGCGGUUGGUUUUGCCUGUAAUCACGACAUUCAUCAAAGAAACCAAAUCAGAUAUAGGAUCAGCACUUCAAUUCAUCAACAAGAUCAAAGUGGAAGAGGAACGAGGAAAGAAGCUUCCCGUUUCGAGCGACGAAGCCCUCAACUACCUCUUUUACAUUGUUGAUGUCUACGAGCUGUUUGACGUUGCUCUUGGACUCUAUGACUUUGAGUUGGUCAUGCUCGUGGCUCAGAAAUCUCAAAAGGAUCCUAAAGAGUACAUUCCGUUUUUAAACGAGUUGAGGAGGUUGGAGCCAAACUAUCAGAAGUUCACCAUUGACAAACACUUGAAAAAGUUUGAAUCUGCCUUGAAUCAUAUUAAGGAAUGUGGACCAGAACACUACAAUGAGUGCAAAAAGUUCAUAUCUGAACACAAACUGUACUCAGCUGCCUUGAAAGUGUUCCCGCCCUCUCAUUACUUGUACAAAGACAUUUGUAAAGAGUAUGGUGCAAAUCUGAUGUCUGGCCAGCACUACGAGGAGGCUGGAAUCAUUUUUCUCCGAGCUGAAUGCUAUGAGGAGAGUGUGGAAGCUUUCAGGAAGGCUGGGUGCUGGAGGAGAAUCAUCCCUAUCCUGCCGAAACUUGGGUGGAGCAAGGAGAGACAUAGCUCGUUUUACGAAGUACUGGGACUCGAAUUGCGCGAGCGAAAACAAUAUCUGGAUUCGGCAACUGUGUUUGCAGAGUACGUCCAAAACCAAGAGGAGAGGCUGAUUUCUCUGUGCAAAGCCAAAGCCUGGGAUGAAGCCUGGAGGGUCAAAAGCUCUUUUGACAUUCCUGGCUCAGACCAACUCUUGCGGUUUGAGAUUGUGAACCAAUUAAGUAGUUUGCUGAGCGAUAUUGAUGCGGCCCAAGAACAGGUGGCACAGCAAUCAAGUCGACUGCUUGUGGUGCGCGUCGACAAGGCCAAAAGAAUCGAGGAAGGAGAUGAGUUUGCCAACUUGCCGGAAUGCGACAUGUUUUCCGACACGAGCAGCAUCAGAGGCUCGACCAAGUCCAGAAGCAGUGGAGCCUCUUCUCAUGGAUCAGGGCGUACUUACCGCUCGAGCAAAAACAAAAGAAAACACGAACGGAAGCUGUUGAGUCUGAAAGAAGGCAGCCCAUAUGAGGAUUUGGCGCUUGUUCGCGCACUCUACGAGUUGUACUUGAAAAUUUACUCCUAUCGAGAUGAUGUGAAAAAUCUAUGCGCGGCGCUGCUCCAGCUGAACAUGGACAGAGAGGCUGCUGAUUUGCAGAACAGACUUUCGACCCUGUUGACCGAUAUGGAAGCGAAAAAGUCGACAAUCUGGAUUCCUGAAUUAGUACAAAACCGCACUGCAGCCUUAGCAGCUCUUGGACCUGAGGGAACUUCGAACUCGUUAUCAGCUGUAAAUCAACUGAAUCCAGCUGCUGAAAUAGAACCUCACCUCUGCUUGCCACCGCUGAUGCCUCACUCUUCAUGGAAGUUGAAGAUUCUUACGUAAAGUAUGAGCACUUACUGACAACGGACUCCUCACUUGGCUCCCGUUUCUCACGCCGGCCGAGUCUUCCCUCGGUCCACUCGACUUGUUUUGAACCUCUGCGUGUCCAUCAAACACGGUCAAAAACGCCAGAAUGACCACCAACGUUGGGAAACAACCAGUGUGAGGUAUCAUUUUGGAGCAACUGCUCCUCUUAAGAAGAAUUUUUUUGUCCAGCCUAAUAAAUGUGAUGCGUCACGAAACAGA